UCAAGAGACAGGCCACGUGUAUGUGGAGACAGACUCUCCACUAUCCCCCGAGCUGACUUUAGAGCCACUAACCGGGAAAAUAAAAGUCUCACAAAUCGGCAUGUACGACGGAACGUCGGACCCGGACGCACACCUCGGGCAGUACACUUCAUGGAUGGAGCUGCACGGGGCUACCGACGCCCUCAGGUGCCGUAUGUUAUCCCUGACUCUGGGACCAAAGGCACAGAAGUGGUACUACUCGCUGCCUGCACAAUCUAUCCGACGCUGGGUUCAACUCAGGUCGGCGUUCCGCUCCCAUUUCAUCGGGGCGCAAGUCUGCCUGAUCCCGAAGGAGUCGAUCACGAAUAUCGUCCAGAAGGACGACGAGAGCUUGAAGGAAUAUGUUGCCCGUUUCAACGAGCGUGUGCAAAAUAUGGAACCAUGCCAUCCUGAAACACUCUUACUGAGCGCCAUCUCAAGACUGAAGCCUAAGUCAAUGUUCAGGUGGGCGCUUUGCCAAAACAAGCCCAGUACAUUCCAGGAAUUCUUGGUCCGGGCACAGAACCACGUGAUCGCCGAAGAGAGCAUGUCGGUCCCGGACUUUACGUUCACAGCCCCGGGACAAAAACCGACGUCGGAGAAGAAGAAGAAAUCCUUUGGCAACACACACAAGAAGACCUCCUCCACGGACCCGCGGUGGGGGGAUCCGAACGACCCCGAGGUGAGAGCAGCUCGAAAACAGUACCGAGAAGACUUGAAAGAAGGAUACCGAUCUAUCUACUCGGUCGGAGCAGCUGCCAUUUACGAAGAAAUAAAAGGAAAGGGAAUCAUUCCUGAUGCCCGACCAGUCAAAACCCCGGAGAGCCAACUCGACAAGGGCCGUUACUGCGACUAUCACAGGUCGCCGGGUCACAAUACAGACGAAUGCUUGAGCCUGUUGUCGGCUCUGAUGAAGCUCAUCGGUAAUCCACAAGUGAGGAAAUUCACCAAGGCUGGAGAUAACAAGGGGAAACGAAGAACGCAGGAAAUCCCCGAUGAUGACGAAGGAGAUGAAGAGGGAUCGACUUUCAAGAGGCUUCGAGCCCAGGGAGAUAAAGAAAUUUUUGUGAUCGGACCAGCGGACGUCGGUUCACCCCAAGACCAACUCAGGAAGAGGGGCCGGGAAGCCGAUAUCCAGCCGCGGCCCACUGAGCCUUCGGAGGAGGUGGAGAUAAUCGAUGUCGGCGGGCUGACCUGCCCUAAACAGCUCCGAAUAGGAGCAUGCUUGCCCGAACCACUCAGAACUAAACUAAUACAAUUCCUCCAAGCAAACGCCGACGUCUUCGCCUGGAAGCACGAAGAUAUGAAGGGGAUCGACCCAAAAGUUGCAUGCCACCGGCUCAAUAUCGAUAAGACGGUGAAGCCGGUCAUCCAGAAGAGGAGGAAGCUCGGUCCUGACCGACAACAAGCCCUUGAGGAGGAUUUGAGCAAGCUGGUCGACAACAAAUUCGUUAAGGAAACCAAAUAUCCGACUUGGGUGUCAAACCAUGUCCUAGUCAAAAAAGCAAACGGAGCGUGGCGAUUGUGCAUAGACUUCUCUGACCUCAACAAAGCUUGCCCGAAGGAUAGCUACCCUAUGCCACACAUUGACUACAUGGUCGACGCAACCUCGGGCCACGAACUCAUGAGUUUCAUGGACGCCUACUAUGGCUACAACCAGAUUCCUAUGGACCCGGAGGAAGCGGAGCACACCUCAUUCUACUCGGCUCGGGGACUAUACUGCUACACGAUGAUGCCCUUCGGGUUGAAGAACGCUGGGGCCACCUACCAGUGGUUAGUCAAUAAGAUGUUUUCUAGAUUGAUAGGACAAACUAUGGAGGUCUACGUUGAUGAUAUGUUAGUGAAGUCGGUCGUAGCGAAUGAUCAUGUAACCCAUUUGAAUGAAAUGUUUAAAAUUUUACGCGAUUACUCGAUGGUGUUGAACCCGAAAAAAUGCACCUUCGGGGUGAAGUCGGGAAAAUUCCUGGGCUACAUGGUCAGCCAAAGAGGGAUUGAAGCGAACCCGACAAAAAUCCGAGCAAUACUUGACCUCAAAUCCCCCACCUCGGUGAAAGGAGUACAGGGUUUGACCGGGAGGUUUGCGGCCCUGAACCGAUUCAUUUCAAAGUCGACUGACCGCUGUAAGCCUUUCUUUGAUGCCAUCAAAAAAGGGAAGAAGUUUGAAUGGACCGACGAGUGUCAGAAAGCCCUCGAAAAUAUCAAAGAUACGCUGAGCCGAACUCCGGUAUUACAGAAACCGAAGCCCGACGAGACGUUAUAUUUGUACCUCGGGGUCAGCACCUCGGCGGUCAGCGCAGUACUCAUAAGAGAGGAAGAAACGUGCCAAUACCCGAUCUACUACGUAAGCAAGGCGUUGCAUGAUGCCGAGCUCAGAUAUCCCCCGAUGGAAAAGUUGGCGUACGCGCUCAUCAUAGCGGCGAGGAAACUCCGACCCUACUUUCAAGAGCACUCGAUAACCGUCCUGACGGCCCAUCCGUUGAGGCAAGUCUUGCACAGGCCAGACACGUCUGGGAGGAUGAUCAAAUGGGCCGUGGAGUUGGGACAGUUCGAUAUACACUACAAACCCCGCACGGCCAUCAAAGGACAAGUGUUGUCGGAUUUCAUCGCCGAGUUCACCCCCGCGAUCCGAGAGUGGACGGACACCCGGCCAUGGGUGAUGUACGUCGACGGGUCGUCCACAGCAACUCGGGCGGGGGGGAGGU